AUGGUUGAACCUGUGGGUAACCAUUAUGUUAUAGCCAGACCUGUGUACUCGGAGAAUGCAUUCAAUGAAGAGCAUGAGAAAUUGCACAGAUACCAUAAAACCUUUUGGGAUCACCUGAAACUCUAUUUUAGCUGCUCCCCACAAAGGGCCAAAAAAAUUGCUUUGGGUUUGUUUCCAGUUGUUUCCUGGCUGCCAGCGUACCGCUUCAGGGAGUGGGUCCUGAGUGACAUCAUCUCUGGCAUCAACACAGGGCUCGUGGCUGUGCUGCAAGGUCUGGCCUUUGCUUUGCUGGUGAAUGUCCCCCCCAGUUAUGGACUCUAUGCAGCAUUCUUCCCUGUCCUGGUCUAUUUUAUCUUUGGCACAUCGAGACAUAUCUCAGUGGGUCCCUUCCCUGUCCUGAGCCUCAUGGUGGGAGGAGUCGUCACCAGGCUGGCCCCUGAUGACAGCUCUGGAAAUGGCAAUUCCACAAAUACCUCAGCGAUAAACGAUGAGAGGGUGAUGGUGGCUGCAUCUGUAACCUUCCUUUCUGGAGUUUUUCAGUUGCUUCUGGGAAUUUUCCAAUUUGGAUUCAUCGUUAUUUAUCUAUCACAAUCAUUAAUUAGUGGUUUCACAACUGCUGCAGCUAUCCACGUUUUGGUAUCUCAACUGAAAUUCAUGUUUCAGCUACCUGUCCCUGGAUUUAAUAAACCAUUUGGCAUCAUCUAUACUCUGGAGAGCAUUUUCAGCCAGAUCACAAAAACAAACGUUGCUGACCUUGUCACAUCACUGGUUGUCUUGCUUAUUGUGUUCGUGGUGAAAGAAAUGAACGAUCGAUACAAGGAAAAGUUACCGGCUCCCAUCCCGAUCGAGCUCCUUGUGACAAUCUUAGCAGCAUUGAUUUCCUAUUUUGUCAACCUUGAAGAAAAAUUUGAAGUAGCUGUUGUUGGAAAACUAGAGGAAGGGUUCCACGCGCCGGUUGCACCUGAUGUAGGCAUCCUCCAGAAGUGUAUUGGUGAUGGCAUUUCCAUCGCAAUCGUUGGGUUUGCAGUAGCCUUCUCCGUGGCUAAAGUGUAUUCCAUCAAGCAUGACUACCCAAUAGAUGGCAACCAGGAACUAAUUGCUUUUGGGCUGGGUAAUAUACUUGGUGGAUCGUUCAAGGGAUUUGCCUCCAGCACUGCUCUGUCAAGAUCAGGUGUGCAGGAGAGCACAGGAGGCAAAACACAGAUUGCUGGCAUUAUCUCAUCUGUCAUUGUUUUGGUUGUGAUCUUGGCCGUUGGUUUUCUCCUGGCACCAUUACAGAAGUCAGUCCUUGCAUCUUUGGCUCUUGGCAAUUUGAAAGGAAUGCUCAUGCAGUUCAAGGAAAUAGGCAUCCUCUGGAGAAAGGACAAGUGUGACUGCAUUAUAUGGGUGGUGACUUUCUUAGCUGCCAUCUUUCUUGGCCUGGACAUUGGGCUAGCAACAGCUGUGGCAUUCCAGCUGCUGACCGUGGUGAUCCGCUCCCAGAUUCCAAGCUGCACUGUUUUGGCCAAUGUUGGGAGAAGUAACAUUUACAGAAACAGGAAGGAUUACACUGAUAUCUAUGAGCCAGAGGGAGUGAAGAUUUUCAGAUGCUCCUCUCCGAUAUUCUUUGCUAAUAUUGAAUUCUUCAGAGAGAAACUGAUCACUGCUGUUGGCUUCAACCCACUGAGAGUCCUGAGGAAACGCAAUAAAGCUCUGAGGAAGAUUAGGAAGAUGCUGAAGAAAGGACAGCUGCAAGUGACACCGAAGGGCUUGAUUUGCAUGGCUAACCCUACAUAUGAGUCAGAGGAAGAGUUGGACAACAACAAGAUAGAGGAGCUGGACCAGCCCACCAUCAUGACAGACUUGCCCAUUCGGAUCAACUGGGGCACUGACCUCCCCCCUGGCAUCACUGUGCCCCAGGUCAACCUCCACAGCAUCAUUCUGGAUUUCUCAUCCGUGUCCUUCCUUGAUUUUUCUGCCAUGACAGUCCUCCGAAAGACUUUGAAAGAAUUUGUCCGGCUCGACAUUGACGUUUACAUCACUGGGGCAUACGAGGGCCUCCUGGACAAACUGGAGAGAAGUGCAUUUUUUGAUGAAGAGAUUAAGCCAUCCAUGUUUUUCCUCACCAUUCAUGAUGCGGUUUUACACAUUUUGCUGAAGAAGGACAUAGCCAACUCUCCCAAAUUAAAGCUUGCUGAGGAGAAGGGCAGAAGCAGUGGGUGUGUCAUCAUCCCCAGGAAUGGACUGCGCAGCCGGGAGUGCACAGUAAGGCUCUGGCUGUGGCCCUCCAGCUGGAGAAAAUGCAGCCCUAAAAAGCUGCUCAUGGGAACAGCUAGGUCAGAUAACAAAAGCUGA